AGGCCAGGCACGCUUCAGCCAAUGAGAGCGCGCCUGCGGCCCGGCCCAGAGCCAGGGCUCCUCUCCAGCAACCUUCCGCGACAGGCGCCGACAGACGGGUGGAGCAGUACGCGCCCAGCUGAGAUUUCACGGGUGGGGACUCAGAGAGCACUGCGGGUAGGAGCCUGUCAGAGCCUGUCGUCAGGUGGGGCGAGAGCGGGCGGCAGCGCCGGCCUAGCGGCGCGCUCGUUGGCCGGGCUGGCGCCCCGGUGCGCAUGCGCCCCUGCCUGGCCCCGCGCACCCCUGCACAGCCUUGCGAGAGGAUCGACCGUCCUUCCUCCUGGUACCUGGUGGGAGGUGGAGCAGUGAUUAAUGGAUGCCUGGAAGUUGACCUACAUAUAUAUUCAGAAAUGUUUUGCCACCUGAGACCUGUGAGGAGGUUUUGUCCAGGAAAGAUAUUUCCAUACUGGUUUCUCUACUCAAGAGCUUUAUCGGGAGCUGAAGCAGUCAAUGCCUUGAGGCCAUUCUAUUUUGCUGUACAUCCAGAUUUCUUUGGACAGCACCCCAGGGAAAGGGAAGUCAAUGAAAAUUCUCUUAAGAGAUUAAGUGCCUACUUAGAAAACCUCCAGAAACCAGGCUUCAAGUCUUUGAAACCAACCCAGCUUAUGUUUUAUGUAAGAGAAACAGACCAGAACUCCUCUGAUGGCCAGGAACACUUCAGCACUUCUGGAUUUCGAGCAGUCAAAUUUACUUUGCACACCAGAGAUCUGCUAAGCACAGUGUUAUAUAUUCUCAACUCCUGCAGUUUAUCUAUUGAACAUAUCCAAAGCUUGAAUACUAAUGUGCAUUCCCAGCCUCUCAAAGAGGCCAAAAGGAUAUCUGACAGGCCCAUCAAAUGGGACAAGUCUUACUACUCCUUUACUGGGUUCAAGGACCCUGAUGAAGACCUCGAGCAAGUCUGGAGAAUGGAAACAACCCUAACAUCCUGGUUAGAUAACAAUGGGAAAAGUGCUGUUAAAAAGCUGAAGAAUAGUUUGCCACUUAGAAAAGAACUAGAUCGUUUAAAAGAUGAACUGUCCCAUCAAUUGCAGCUCUCGGAUAUCAGGUGGCAGAGGAGCUGGGGCAUCGCCCACCGCUGCAGCCAGCUGCACAGUUUAGGCCGCUUAGCCCAGCAGAACUUGGAAACCCUUAAAAAUGCAAAAGGAUGUACAAUAAUAUUUACAGACCGGUCCGGGGUGAGUGCAGUGGGCCAUGUGAUGCUGGGAACAAUGGAUGUCCAUCAUCACUGGACAAAACUUUUUGAAAGAUUACCGAGUUAUUUUGACCUGCAGAGGAGGCUGAUGCUUCUGGAGGACCAAAUAAGCUAUCUUCUAGGUGGCAUCCAAGUUGUUUAUAUCGAAGAAUUACAGCCAGUGUUGACACUUGAAGAAUAUUACUCUCUUCUCGACGUGUUCUAUAAUAGACUCUUGAAAAGUCGAAUACCUUUUCACCCUCGAAGUUUGCGUGGUUUGCAAAUGAUCCUUAACAGUGACAGAUAUGCUCCAAGUCUGCACGAACUUGGGCAUUUUAACAUUCCGAUCCUCUGCGAUCCAGCAAACCUCCAGUGGUUUAUUCUCACCAAAGCCCAACAGGCAAGAGAGAACAUGAAAAGAAAAGAAGAACAAUACCCAACCCCUGCAAAACCUGUGCUGUCGUCCGGAGGCGGGGCGACUCUACAGACGGAGCUGGAGGUGGGAGCCCCACCACUAGGAGACGUGGAGACCAGGUUGAAAGUCAUUGAAAACGAAUUGAUGCAGGCUUCCACGAAGAAAUUUUCUCUGGAAAAGUUUUAUAAGGAGCCCAGCGUUUCAAGCAUACAAAUGGUGGAUUGUUGUAAGAGACUUCUAGAACAAUCACUGCCUUAUCUACAAGGGAUGCACCUCUGCAUUUCACAUUUUUACUCUGUUAUGCAGGAUGGAGACCUUUGUAUUCCUUGGAAUUGGAAGAAUGGAGAAGCCAUUAAAUAACACAGAAAUCUGUAUUAUUUUUUAAAGAGAUAAGAAACUGCUAAACUUAUUUAAAUCCACAAUUUGAUGUAACAGUAUUACUGACGUGUUACAAGAAAAAAGUUUCUAACUGCUGCUUUAAAAGUAGACUUUUAAAAAAUUAAUUUCUGUUAGGAAACUUGUUUAAAAAAGGUUUUAUCUCCCAAUCUUGUAGUGUUUCUUAUCUGAUUGGCAGGACUGGCUGAAAAGAUGUUAGAAAGAAAGGAUUCUACAGGGUGAAAGAGAUAGAUAGAUAGAUAUAUAUAUAUAUAUAUACACACACACACAUAUAUAUAUAUAUUUUUUUUUAUGAGUGAAUGUUGGUAAGUAUAAACAGGUCUCAUUCAGUAUAGCUCUAGAGUUGCGGAACUCAUUUCCACCUGUAACAAUUCAACGUGCGACUUUAUAGUUAACAUCACAUGUAUCGAUACACACACCUGUAUUUCGCAGCCAAUUAUGGACAGUUUGAGUCCAAAACAGAUGACUGAUGGGUAGUAAAAAUUCGUUAAUCAAAUCUUGCCUAAAGAGAGAGUAGAUGGGAAAAAGCAAUUGAAUGAACAAAUGAUAUUGACAUUAUCAUAAGCUGAUACAGUUUGUUAAAGCAUUUCCAGUAACAGAGAAUUUAAAGUUUUCCUAUGCAUUAAGAUAUUCUAACUGUUGGUAGCCUGUAACCAAGAGACAGUGAAUUUUUUUGAAACACUGAAUGAGGUGAUUCAUUUGUUUCAAGGACAAACACUAUCCAGAAAAAUCCUUGUUUCUCAAAGAGUUCCAUCAAGUAGGGCCAAGUUUAAAAUGAUUCGGACCAUUCAGGAUCUGCCACCCCUCUCAACCCAGGUCUUCCAAUGAUUAGAACACUGGUUAGAGCCCCUCUGAGUCACCCCCUGUCCAUAGUUGUGUGAACUUUCCUGGACCCACCACCCAGCCCAGCCCCAAGCCCUAUAGACAGACACAGAGCUUCUCUAUGUGGAUAUUUCCCUUAGGAUAAUAUUUUUAACCAGAUCCAAAAUCCUCUUCAGCUUGUUUCUCAAGAGGACAAGGUGAAUCCAGGUUUGUAACAACAUUUUUGAGGCUCUUACUGCUGAAGAAAUAAGAAAGGAAUUUUUUCCAUAGUGCAUUAGAAAGGAAAGGAGAUGUUAAAAAUGAUUCUCGAAGCAUAUUUUAAAUUUAUCUAAAACACUGAUUAUUUGAACGCUUUAAAUUCAAGUGUGUGUUUGAAUAAGUAUUGAUUUGUAAUUAUUAUAGUUUGUGCAUAUCACCCCUUUUAAGCUGUGCCUAACAACUGUACUUAAUUUUUUUUCUCAUGUAAAAAUGUUGUUGCCUAUAAAAGUUUUCCAGAGCCAAAUGAUGGGAGUGAAAAAUUCUUUAGAGGUUACAUAGGAAAAUUUAUUUGAGGGAAUUCCCUGGCGGUCCAGUGGUUAGGACUCCACACUUUCACUGCCAAAGGUGAGGGUUCGAUCCCUGGUUGGGGAACUAAGAUCCCAAAAGCCAUGGUGUGGCCAAAAAAAUAAUAAUAAUAAUUUAUGGAAAAAUAUGUUUGGAUUAUGCCAUUUCUAAAAUCAACUAAUAUAGAAUCCUCAGUAAUAUGUUUUGAAUUGGACUUUGUCUCAGAACUAAUUGUUAUAUAAUAAGUAAUACGUUAA